AUGGAUGCCUUCGACUUCCUCGAGACGCUGCCGCCGGCAACGCUGGAGCGUCUGUACCAGGAUCCAUGGGCGUGCCAGGCUAUCUUCCAGGCUCUACCAUCUCUUGCUCAGCAGUUCGUGAUGCGUCUUCUGCCCACAAACUCUGCCGUACCGCGUGAUCUACUGGAGCAAUGGGUUGUGCCAAUACCAGGAGAAACCAAACGCAUGCCGCCUCAAUUCAACGCCGCGUUGCAGAAGCUGGAGGGACUUCGAGUGUUUGUACAGCAAGAUGGAGGCUACAAACCUCACCCGACGUUCCAGAAGCAGCUCAUGUAUGCGCUGAGCAACUUGGGCGGAUCUCCGUGGGAACGUGGGCGACUACAUCUUCCUAGGGACCCGGAGAACACUUUCGCUGCGGUGGAUCUUGAGCGGUACGCGAGGGCACGCUGGGACUUGGUGCUGCACUACAUGGUGGGGUCUACAGCAGUACAGGAGCCGCCACAGUCCGUGGUGGACAUCCUACUGCGUACAAAACUACUGCAGGCAAGUGGGGCGGACUCCAGGGCGCUGCAUAUCACAGACACGGGCUACGAGUUCAUGCUGAAGGACAUCCACGUGCAGAUGUGGAUCUUUAUGUUGGAAUACAUUCGCACGCUGGAUAACACGGGCACCCUGAAGCAGGAGGAUAUUCUGCAGUUCUUGUUCCAGAUCAGCUACUGCCAGACGGGAGGGUACUACGCAGUAGCAGAUCUGACGGAGACCCAGCGACUAUUACUCGGAGAUUUCAUUGACUUCGGACUACUGUUCCGAAAACGCCAAAAUUCGGAUCGCUUCUACACAACAAGUCUGGCUGUGAACCUCAUUUUCGGUGGGUCCACGGGACAGAAGCGUAGCCAUGUCAGUCUCACGAGCUCGUUUGCUGGUGUUCGUGCCGGUAUGAAGUCGCAAGUGGCAGAUCCGCGUCAGGCCCCGACAGUCGAUCACGGAGCUCGUCUGCUUGUGGUGGUGGAGACAAACUUCAAGAUCUACGCGUACACUUCGUCGACUCUUCAUGUGGCUAUGCUCAGCGUGUUUGUGGACAUUGUGGCACGACUACCGAACUUGGCCAUUGGCUUCAUCACUCGAGAGAGUCUGCGCUCUGCUCUGAUUCACGGCAUCUCGGCCCAGCAGAUCUACGACUUCUUGAUGAAGCACGCGCACCCGAAAAUGCGACGCAACAGUCCAGUGAUCCCUGAGAAUAUUGCUGACCAGAUCUACUUGUGGGAACGCGAGAGGAAUCGCGUACAGUUUCUGGAGGGAAUUCUAUUCGACGGUUUCAACACCAAGGAAGACUACGAGAGUGUUCGGGACUACGCCAAGGGUCUCAUGGUGCUCACAUGGUCGGAUCCCAUUCACUUCAGGCUGUCGAUUGCUACUGCAGGUAUUGACGAAGUACGCCACUUUAUCCAGAACCAAGUAUCGACUCGAGGAUAA